AUGAGCGCCGCCACACCACUCCCCCACACCUUUCCACCCACGACCGCGGGCGUCCUCGAGCGCAAGCCCACCCUCGACCAUGACGAAGAUGUCAAGCUCGAGGAGACCAAUGCUCUCACAGAGAUCCCCACGACCGCCUGGGCCGACUUGACCAUCAAGGAAGCUGUCAAGACUUUCCGGAAGACCACCAUUGUCUGCGUCGCUGUGCUCUUCAUCGCCUGCUCGGAUGGCUUUCAAUUCUCGCUACCGGGAAAUCUGCUCAAUUUGGAACCAUACAAACUGCAACUGGUAUCGCUCUCGACGCGCAGCAUGUUGGAGCUUGGAACGGCGCGUACUCUGCUGGAUAUAUCUCAGCCCUCCUUGUACCUCCUCACUGGCCUCAUGAUCAUCGCGUGCAUCAUCGAGACUAUCGCUCGGGACUGGAGAGUUUGGCUUGCUGCCAAGAUUCUCAAUGGCAUGUCUGUCGGUCUGUGUCAGAUGACCCUCUCCUCCUACGUCGCGGAGGUCGCCCCCGUCCGGAUCAGGGGCAGUCUUCUCGUCGUCUACUCGUUCUUCUUCUCUUUCGGCCAAUUCACAGCUGCCAUCGCCACAUACGUCCUUCAAUCUGGGUUCCAAGAGGAUCGCGCCUAUUUGCGAGUCAUCUACUCGAUGUGGGUCUUCACCGCCAUCAGUCUAGCUGUCACCGUCUUUGUCCCCGAAUCCCCUCGAUGGUACCUCCGAGUCGGCAAGCGCGAAAAGGCCGUCAAGGUCCUUCAGCGACUCAACGGCAAGAUUCCCGGUUACGAUAUCGAGCGUGAACUCAAUUUCAUGUCUUACGAACUCACCGGCGAGCUCAACAUGCUGGCCGAGAGCGCCAAGGUCUCUUACUUUGACCUCUUCCGCGGACCCAACCUGCGUCGGACUCUGGUAUCUUUCUCGGUACUCGGCUGGCAGCAGUGCAUCGGGAUCGCUAUCGUCUAUGGCAAUUCUGCUAUCUUCUUUCGUGCCGCAGGGCUAGCCAAUCCUUUCCUCGGAACCGUUAUCAUCAACCUCCUCUCACUCGUCGUCAUCUUCACUUCGUCAUACCUGGUUGAGCGAUUUGGGCGCCGACCUUUGCUGCUCAUUGGCGGAUGCGGGAUGGUCUCUUGCCUAAUCAUUAUCGGGUCCAUGGGCUUCCUCUCCACUGCCGGCCCGAACGGUGGCGUCGUCGGGGGUGUGACAGUGGCCUUCAUGUGUAUCUGGGUCAUCUUCUACACCAGUAGCGCGGGACCGUGCGGCUACUUGCUCCUUGGUGAAAGCCCUACCAGUCGCCUUCGUGCAAAGACCACCGGUUUCGCUGCAGCAAUGAGUGGGGUCUUCGGCCUCAUCUUCUCGUACACCUCGCCGCUCAUGAUCCUCAACACUGGCCGCGGAUGGGGUAUCAAGACUGCGUACCUCUUCGCUGGAACCGGCUUCAUCGGCCUGGUCCUCGUCUACUUCUUUGUUCCCGAGCACAAGGGCCGGACCUUUGCCGAGCUCGACGAGAUGUACGAGAACAGGAUCCCGGCGAGGAAGUUCCGAUCUACCGUCACUUCUGCGGAACAGGCGAAAGAAGUGGCAAGAAACGCUGCGACAGCUCCGGCUUAA